GCCGCCGCUCCGCCCGCCGCUCCGCCGCCGCUGCAACAGCCCCCGCGGCCACCAGCCGGCCGCUCUCGCGAGAUCUGCGGGAGCGAGGAGAGGGCGCGGGAGGCGGCAGAGAGCGGCCCCCAGAGCCGGCCGAACCGAGAGCGGGAAGCAGCGCCGCGCCGACCGGCGGCCGAACCGCGACACGGAACCGAGCGGGAGCGGACGGCACCGAGCGGGACGGGCGGGCGGGGCCGCGCUGUGCCGUGAUACCAAGCGCUAUGGAGGGCUAUAGAGUGCUAUGGAGGGCUGUGCCGUGAUACGAGGUGCUAUGCCGUGCGGUGCCGUGCGGAGUGACGCUGUGCCGCGCCGUGCUAUACCGUGCUAUACCGUGCUAUACCGUACCGUACCGUGCUAUACCGUGCUAUACGGUACUAUAACGUGCUAUACCGUACCGUACCGUGCUAUACCGUGCUAUACCGUACCGUACCGUGCUAUACCGUACCGUACCGUACCGUGCUAUACCGUACCGUACCGUGCUAUGCCGUGCUAUACCGUGCUAUACAGUGCUAUACCGUACUAUACAGUUCUAUACCGUACCAUACCGUACUAUACCGUACUAUACCGUACUAUACCGUACCAUACCGUACUAUACCGUACCAUACCGUACUAUACCGUACUAUACCGUACUAUACCGUACCAUACCGCACUAUACGGUACCGCGCCGCCCUCCGGACGAACCUCUCCCCGCUUCCGACCCGGGUCCCUCCCACCAGCCCCGGUUCCCUCAAGUUCCCUCUAUCGUCCCGUCGGGGGCGGCUGGAGCGGGACACGCGGUUCCGACCCCUCGGGCCCACCCGUCUCAGUGCGACGCCGCCAAAGGGGACGCGCGACGGCAGCGGCCCCGGCCCCAACGGGCGGCGGAGCGGGCGGGCACGGCCGUGGCCUGGCGCACGUCCGCAGUCGGGCCCCGCUGCCGGCCCGGUGCCGCCGUGUGAUUCUUUAUCGUGAAGAAUCGCGGUUCGAUCCGGGCGGCUGCGAGGAGCCUUUGUUCGGAAACCAUCGAAAGGACGAGCCCGGCUGGAGGGAACCGGGCGGCCGCCCCUCGCCGCGGCUGAGACGCGGAGAGCGUCCCUCGGUCACCCCGAGCGGAACGGGACGGCCGUUCUCCGGGCUCCCGGCCCACGGAGCGGGGCUCACCGGGGAGCCGAGUCCCGCUGCGGGCGGAGCGCUUCGCGUCUUGCCGUGGAAAUCUGUCUCGCCACGAACGCUCCCGGGGCUCCUUUCCCCCCACGGCGGCGCUGCCGGAACCCGACGGGGCAGAACCGCUGCGGGUCGCGGGGCCGCACCGAGUCCCGGGAUCGGGUGGGGGCUGAACACCGGACGGGACGGGGUCGGCGCUCCGGGACCGGGGGGCUCCGGGACGGCCGGGAAGGGCCUCCGGCGGGCGGGGAAAUGCGGAAAACAAAAUCUUGGCUCUGGACCCGCUCAGGACGGCCGUGUCGCGCCGGACCGGUACCUCGGUACCGUGGCUCCCCCGCCCCGCCCCGUCGGCCCCGUGGCCAUCAGACAGCGAGGCGGUUUAAGACCAAGCGCGUGCCGGGGCUCCUCUCCCGUUCUGCUGCUCAGCGGCGGCUACUGGCGGAGUCCGGCCCGACGGGGCGGCUCCCGAAGACAGGGACACGGAGCAAUCCGCCCCGUGAAAGGACCCGGUGCCGUUCCGCCGUCGGGCCCGGGGCUGCCGGUAGGGCCAGGAAGCUCCGCCAGACUGCGCAGGGAAAUCCAGGGUUGGGGGCGCAUUGGAAUCCCCAGGGUCUCGGCAGCGAGCCGGCAGCCGGUCGGAGACAGUGAGGGCCGUCGGUGUGGGUCAAUGCACGGCACCGGGCACUGACCCGGUGGGGCUGAGCGGCCGGGCGGAGACCUGAGCCGCGAGGGGCCGCCACGCCGCUGGGGAGUGCGGCCGGGCCGAGGACUGUUGUGUCUCCGUCCCGGCGGCACCGGAACCGCGGAACUACCGCCCGCCCGGCCCCGCACGGUCGCUCGGCUCCACUGCGGAACAAAGCAGGCAGGAGGAGACGGGAGGAGAGCAGAGGGGCGAGGCGGGGCCGAACCGAGGGGCGGCUGCGGCCGGGCCGUGAGCAUCCCCCGGUACCGGCUGUCAGAGGGCUGCGGUCUCGCAGGAGGAGCCUGUGUGCAUGGGGCUGCCUCGGCGAUGGGUGCCAUCUCCCACACCGCCGAGGGACAGCGAGAACCGUCCUGCUGCAACGGGGCAGGUCUUUGUUCCGCUUUGCUCGUUUGUCCCGAAAAGGAACAGUGUUGAACAGCCUUACCCGAGGCCUAAUGCCAGCAGGAGUCCUAAUGGUGUCUGAACCGCUGCCUUAGUCGUGCUGGAAAGCUGGUAAAUAUCCCACUGGAGAUGGCACUCCUUUGGUGAAACUUGUCCGCUAGGGAGCAGGUGGCCACCCUUGGGUGAGAGAUGUUCAUUUUAAUGAUGCUGCCCAAGGAGGGCCAGCAGCUGAGUCUGGUGCUCUCACACACGGGUCAGCUUUGUUAUGCCCAGAGUGAAUACACUCAGUGGAUCCUCCGAGCCCCGAGAAUAUGGCCUGACAUUAUUUCCCCUUUGGUGGGAUGUUGCUGGGUACCCUCUGUGCCCAUCGUCGCUGUGUUGCAGGUCACAGCAGCUCUCAGAGCACUCUGGUGGCUCUCUUUGUGCCUUAUGAGGGCAGUGAUGGCCAAAGGGUGGGCAGGGUGAUGCUGUACCUCACUGCUUCAGUCACACCAACAUGUCCCAUAUGUUUAGCAAGCUCCACUUCAGGCUUUUCUCCAUUCUGCUGAGAACCACUCCAGACCUUCCUGCCCCAAAGCUCCUAUAUCUUUCUCCGAUGUCUUUUAAUCCCUAGCUUGAAUACACCAAUGGCUACUUCAAAGUUACUGAUUCUUGUGCAACUUUUAUCUUUUUUCUCAUGUUUUUCCCCAUUCUGCCUCUGUAUAAUUGCUCUGUAGCAAUUAUAUCCCCUUCAGUCUCUGUUUUAUUAGUCUAAAUAGGACAAACAUUUGGAGGUUUCCUCCCACUGGAACAAUUCCACCUUUCUGUACCUGUUGUGGCCAUCCCUCAUUACACCAGUUUGGGUUCCCCUGAAGGAUGGGGGAGAGGGUUUUCUCAGUGUCACCACUGUGACUCAAGAUUUAAGAUCAAUGGACCUUUUGUUUCAGAAUCCAGUUCAGGGGGCUUUUAAGAACAUAUCUGAUGCAGACAGUGAGCAUCUCCAAGUUUGGAGUCCAAGCCUGUUAUCCAGCCACAAAACAACAACUCUGCUGAUUCUGAGAACUUGCACGAACAUUUAUAAUCGCAGGAGGGAAUCUAAGAGCCAUUCAAACCACAGAUAAGAUUAGUAACAAAAGUGGCUGAGAUGAGACGGUUACUGUGCAAGUCAAAGAAAAGCCUGUCACACAUGGAGGAUGUUGCCAAGAAACACACGUUCGAGUGGCAGGGCCACUCUUCUUCCCAUCGCUGUCCGAAUUCUCCCGCAGUCUCUCCAGCUCUGUUCAGCCCAGUUGAGGUAUCCAUUCGAUUAGGAAGUGAUUCAAUUUUGGUGUGACACUGAACAAAGCUUUUUGCUCAUGCUGCAGUGUCAGGUCUCUUCCUGGGUCCAGUCCUUGCCCAGCACUCCCACCAUGGAAGAGGCAGCAUGUUCUGCUUUAUGCAGAACACAAGUACUCCCUGAGCCAUGCUGAAGCUUGCAGCAAGAGAGCCAUUAACAAAGCAUCUGCUACAGGCUUGGAGCUGGGGCAGGCAGAAAGCAAUCACAGCAGUGUGGGGUUGUCGGAAGUUGUGCAAAGCCUCAGAGGAUCCGAAGUGUGCAACAGAACAGCAAAAGCUUCCUCUGCUGUCUGCACGGAUCCUCCUCAGCACAUGCCUUUGGAUUGCUGCUCAGUGCAGCUUGUGUGCUGCGACCCUUCCUCGCCCAGUGAACAAGCCCCGUCGUGUGCAAUGACCAAGAAACCAGCACGCCACAUCUGUGAACCAUUUAGGAAGAUGGGAAUGAUGAGCUGUGCAUACAAUAGAGUUGCUAUUAAAUCUGUCGAUCUUAAUUUUAAAAAGUACUUCUCAAUGAAAAUUAUUUAUAAAAAGAAAAUCACAGUGACCCCAAAUCAAAUGAUUUGUGAAUGGUUUUGAGUCUCCCAGAUCAGUUAAAACUCCCGUGUUAGUCACUGGACAUCAUCCAAACUACGCACUGAAUGAAUAACACGUCUGCCAAAUCCCUUUUUUUCACCCUCACCCAGUUUGGCACAGGACAGCUGAAGUCAUUUUUCUAAAUAUCUUUCAGAACAUCAAGCAACUGUAAAAUAACAAUGGAAAAGCUUUGGCCACGUCUCACUACAGCCCUCCAGUUGUAACUGCUUCUCUCGGGAAAGGCGCCGCGGAUCUUCUGAUGCUGGUUUGGGUGUGGAGGACUCUGUGGCACUAUCACCUGCAGUGAUGCUGGUCCUCAGCUCCAAUGGAAUCAGGGGGAAGCAUGAUUCUCCAGCUCCCCAGAUAAGGUACUAAUGGAGACCAAAGUGAUGGAUGCUCUUCUGUUGAAAACCAAUGACAAAUAGACAUCAGAUCCCAGUCUUGCUCGUUUUCACUGACAAAAGUUUAUAAAACCAAGGCUUGCUGCACCACACCUCCUCAGGUAUGAGGGAAGGCCCACUGUCACCUAUCAUUGUUAGCAAAUGUUUUGCACCCCCAAAGCUUGAUUGUGCCCUUGGCCAAUAGUAGCAAACCUACCCCCAAAAACUAGAACUACAUUUAUCCCACUUUACCUUAGAGCACGCAUCACAACAUCCAGCUUACUUGUUUUUUUCUCGAUGGAGCAGACUGAUACCUGGCGGUGCCAGCAGGUUUGCUUCAUUUUUACCAUGAAGCAUGAUUGUAAAUGAACCUCUUUGAGCAGUUGCUCCUCUGCCUGUCAGGCAGCUUGAAGAGCAUGGGAGCUUUGGCACAAAAGAAUUUAUAGCUCAUGACUUCUGAACUAUUAAUGUAACCAAUGAAGAUAUCUCGUUAUUGGCUGUUUGCAGCAACUGGACGUGGUGGUAAAUAAAGCCUUUUUGGAGGA